CGGAGUUUUUCCUCCUUGGCUGGGCGGUGGGAGGAGGUGGUGGCGGUGGACGGUGCUUGGCAGAGGAUAACUGUGAUUGAAGCCGCCGGGGGGGACCUGGAGCUCGGUGUGCUGCCGCUGCUGUAAGCCCGCACAGCAUUAACAUGGAGCUCGAGAACAUCGUGGCCAACACUGUGCUGCUCAAAGCACGGGAAGGAGGGGGCGGGAACAGAAAAGGAAAGAGCAAGAAGUGGAAGCAGAUGCUGCAGUUCCCACACAUAAGUUUGUGCGAGGAGCUUCGACAAACCAUAGAGAAGGACUACAGCAGCCUCUGCGAGCGGCAGCCGAUCGGACGGCUGCUCUUCAGGCAGUUCUGUGAGACUCGACCCGAGCUGAAGCGCUGCGUCAAGUUCCUGGACGCCGUGGCGGAUUACGAGGUGACGCCGGAUGAGAAGAGGAAGGAGUGCGGACAGGAGCUCAUCGAAAAAUACUUCAACCCAAAGUCAGAGGACCACGUGCCUGAGGUGGAGGAGGCCAUGAUGGCUCAGUGCACAGAGAGGCUGCAGCAGGAGGCCUGCAAAGACCUCUUCAAGGACUGCACCAAACUGAUCCACGACUACCUGAGCAUGGCGCCCUUCGCAGACUACCUCGACAGCAUGUACUACAACAGGUUCCUCCAGUGGAAAUGGCUGGAGAGGCAACCAGUGACGAAAAAUACAUUCAGACAGUACAGAGUUUUAGGAAAAGGUGGUUUUGGAGAGGUGUGUGCGUGUCAGGUACGAGCCACGGGGAAAAUGUACGCCUGCAAGAAGCUGGAGAAGAAGAGGAUAAAGAAGAGGAAAGGAGAGUCUAUGGCCCUCAACGAGAAGCAGAUCCUGGAGAAAGUCAACAGCAGAUUUGUAGUGAGUUUAGCGUACGCCUACGAGACCAAGGACGCCCUGUGCCUCGUGCUGACUCUCAUGAACGGCGGCGAUUUAAAGUUUCACAUCUAUCACAUGGGUGACGCGGGUUUCGAUGAGAAGAGAGCCAUCUUCUACACCGCGGAGAUCUGCUGCGGCCUGGAGGACCUCCACCGGGAGCGGAUCGUCUACAGGGACCUAAAGCCAGAAAAAAUCCUGCUGGACGACCACGGUCACAUUAGGAUAUCAGACCUGGGUCUAGCGGUUCAUGUGCCAGAGGGAGAAACUAUCAAGGGACGAGUGGGAACAGUGGGAUACAUGUCUCCAGAGGUGGUGAAAAACGAGCGGUACACCUUCAGCCCUGACUGGUGGGCGCUGGGCUGCCUGCUGUACGAGAUGAUCGAGGGCCAGUCGCCGUUCCAGCAGAGGAAGAAGAAGAUCAAGAGGGAGGAAGUGGAGCGGCUGGUGAGGGAGGUGGAGGAGGAAUAUUCCAGCAAGUUCUCCGAGGACGCCAAGUCCGUCUGUAAAAUGCUGCUGGCCAAAGAUCCCACCGACAGGCUGGGCUGCCUGGGGGGCGGAGCCACUGAGGUCAAAGCUCAUCCCAUCUUCCGCUCCAUCAACUUCAAACGGCUGGAGGCCGGCAUGCUGCAGACACCCUUCAUCCCUGAUGUAAGUCCACAGCGAGCACACCGACGUGCUCACUGGUUAAAAGAAGAUUUUAAUUUUUAUCAUUUAGAACAAAACUCGGCUUCUGAAGAGUCAUUUUUGUGUUUUUCUCGGCAGAUGAUCGAGACAGAGUGUUUCACAGAGCUCAACGUUUUCUACCAGGACGGGGCGGUUCCUCCUGACCUGGACUGGAGAGGACAGCCGUCUCCGACACCCAAACAGGGACUCCUGCAGCGACUGUUCGGCAGAAAUGACUGCUGUGGUAACUGCAGCGACAGUGACGAGGAGCCCACCAGGCUGUGACAAACCACACAUACGAUCUGAUUUGUUUACAACUUUUGCACAUUUGUAUUUUUACGGUAGUCCUAUCUAAAUGUCAGAAUGUAAAUUUUCAUCAUAGCCAUAAUGUUUAAUGUUAUUUAAAAGUGUGAAAUAUCUGCUGUUUCAAAUCAGGAGGCGGAGACAGAAAAUGAACUCUUGUUUUUUUUGGGGUUUUUUGCCUUUUAUUUUUAGUUUGUUGUUGUUAUUUGUCCAGGGAAGACUUUGCUUUUGUUUUCAUCCACUCACACACUGAACUGAGGGCUGCUUCUGUUCAGCUCCACUGGAACAAGCGCCUGCUGUAGAAGUGCCUUGCUUGAGGGCACUGUGAAGUGAGGACCGAACAUUCCUCCAUGUCUUUGUCCAGGGAAACUUUCAGCCUGUGAACUGUGACCACUUCUUCUGCCCUCCAUCCUGCUGAGACGAACCUCACCGCUUUUUUAUUCUCUUGUUUGCGAGCUGGGACAUUCAGGGUUUGAACAUUUGGGUUUUUUUCAGAAUUUUUCCGAUGGAUUUCAUGAGACAAUCGACUCCUCGUGUGUGUCGGCGCAGCUUCAGUCACUCUUGUCAGUAAAAUAUCAGCUUUCAGAUGUGAUGAGAGAUGAGCCGUCCAGUUUUAACAGAAACUCUGAGAUAGAAAUGAUCACCCUUAAUCGCUUCUGGUCACUCAGAGCUGCAUUGACCAACACACCUUAUUGUGCCUUCAUUUCACUCACUCUGGUUUAUCCUGGCGAGGUUUGGAAAGCAGCUAUGAUUACGUCAGAGCAGCAGCAAAGAAAACUGUUACACCAGCUCUGGUAGUUUCCAAACUGCCACCUGUGACCCCUGAUAAUAACAACAGUCAGCCCGGGUUUCGUUUCCCCACCAAGACAUCUGGUUGUCCAAAGGUUUUGUUUUUUUUCAGUGGCAUAAAUGUUGUGUUUCAAUCACGAGAGUGAUGAAUGAAACUCAACGUGUCACAAAGAUCUACAAUGAUUAUGAUUGAUUAUCUAAAUAAAAGAUGAACGUAUACGACUGAAGACCAGGUGGAUGCAAAUCUGAAUUAGUUGGUAAAAAUUAAACUACUAAUUAUGACACAAAUAGUUACUACUUAUUUUGUUGCAUAUCGCGAGACAAAAGAAGUCUUGUGUGAUUGUGAAGGAAACUAAAAUCAUCACGUAGGCCAACGACACACUGAUCUACGUGCACCGGGUCAUCUUACAAACUGGCUGUGCUGGCAGCCGGUGCAAGCUGCUUUGCAACCCCCCGCCAAACCCAGAUCCUGUCACUGAUGCUGCAGCUCCCAGACCAGACUCCUACUGCCAAAUAUAAAUCGCUGCAGAUAAAACAAUGAGGCUUUUUUCUUUUCGUCCCAGCGUUUAGUGCUGCAGACUGCGUUUCUCUCAGGGUUGUUCUGGGUUCUUUCUACUCAGUCCAAACUCUCUCAGUCACUCUGAAACUGAAACGACAAGAAUAACUGAAGCUUUGGGGUCAAACCCUGAGACUGAAGUCGGACGGUUACAGUCAAUGGCUUUCUCUUUCUAAGCUAUUAAAAUGAAAUACCUCUGAAUGUACAGACUGGCUGCCAUGUUGUUUCUGCAGAACGACCUUUAGGAUCCAACUAGACGCCAAAGUCUCACAAACAUCCGUUUGUUCCUGCUGUUAUGUUAUUCCUCCGUAGCGGAUGAUUUUGGAAAGCGUGUGGAAUUCCCCUUUAACUGUCAGCGUUCCUCUCGGCUUACAGGCUCCAGAAUUAAAGCUGUACCAUAAAAUACGGUCACUUUUUAAGACUUUCU